UGGCAACCAUAAUUUAAAUGCUUGAGUUUAAUAAUUUUAUAUAGUCAUUGUUGGGUCGUUUUCGGUGGAAAAUCAAUUAUGGAUCUGGAUCAUGAACAUAGUGUGCCCUAUCCGAUACCCGAUGCGGACUAUUUAGCUGGAGUGCGCCGUUCAAUUCAAGAGAAUGUUAAAACCCGUUUCCAAAGAUUUAGCUUGAAAAGUAUACAAAGUAUCAAGGAAUUUGAGGCGAGCCAUAAAAAAGGUUUCGGUUUAGAUAAUCCACACAAGUAUAUAGAAGAUCCAAAUGCUCCUCCAGACAAAGGCAAGUUUGUCCUUAUCACAGUAUUUCUGUUUGGGCUCGUACAAAUAUUACCUUUUGCUUUUUUCAUGACUGCCAACGAGUACUGGAUGUACAAAUUCCGUAACGUCAGCUCCGAAAGUACAGACGCAAACGACAGAACCGAUAUGCAGAAAUACUUUUCGUCUUUCACUAUGUUGACCAUCACGACACCUGGCUUAGUUUGUACGUUUUUGGCAGCAGUCGCAGGACACAAGAUCAAAGCAGAAUUGCGAAUAUUUUCUGUUUUGAUUGUACAUUCAAGCAUCCUUAUUUUCCAAUCGAUUUUUGCUAACAUUAAUACUGACGAGUGGCAAAGAAUUUUUUUCGGAAUAUCCUUAGGAAGCUCAUUUGUAAUGUCCUGUGCAAUGUCACUUGGUGGUUCUGGGGCAAUGGGUCUAAUCUCUAAGCUACCACACAAAUACAUGAAAGCGAAACUAACAGGAGAAGGUGUAUCACAAGUAUUUUCCGCCGUUCUACGUUUACUUACGAUCUACAUUGCUCCGUCAGCCACAAGCUCGGCUUUAUUGUACUUUAUCACAGGCAGUUGCUUAAUGGUAGGGAUGACUAUCGUGCUGUUCUGUGCUACAAAAACUGAGUUUUUCAGGUAUUUCACACGUAAUGCCAAAGCGGAAACCAAACAACAAAUAAGAAACUACAAUGACAUUAAAGAUGUGACACUAAAAAUAUGGCCUUUGUUGUUUUUGCCACUUUUUGAUAUGAUUAUACCGGUGGGUUCAAUAACCGCUCUAGUAGUGUCUGAGUAUUAUGGUACUGACAGCGUUUGGGGACAAACUUAUUUCAUAACGGUUUGCACUUUCCUAAUACCCGCCAUUUGUGGCUUAUUGGGACGAGCCAUUUUUAACGGUUUUGACAUUGAACUGCCACUGCCACUUAUAUAUUUAGUCUCAAUAUCAAGAGCUGCAAUAUUAGGAUCCCUUUUGUUCUUCACAAACGCAAAGCCUAGACACCAUUUGCCGGUAUUGCUAUCCCACGACUGGGAAUAUUCACUUCUGACUGGAUUGAAGGCUCUCUCCGACGGAUUUAUGAUGAAUUUGACUAGCAUCAAGACUAUGAGAUCGGUACCACCUGAUCGUAUAGAGCUAGCCAUGAUGAUAUCCAUGUUUUGCUUUGGGGGAUAUGCGGCUCUUACGUCUCCUCUUGGUGUUGUAGCUGUCAGUCUACUCUAAUGUUCAACUCUAUUUUUAUUUGAAAAAGCUAAUGCGAAUUUGAUGCAGAAAUAUUUGCUUUCCUUGAAUCAAACGAAGCGAAUAAUUUUUAAUGUUCCAAGUUUGAGGUAAAUCUGACAACGAUUAAUUAAUUGUUAGCUUUUCUGAACUUUCAAGUAAAAAACAUUAUUGGUAAAUUUGUCACCCUCAAUUUUCUAUAAUUUCUUCUAACUCAGCCUGGGGCAUGAAUUUUGAAUCACCUUUGUGAGUAUUUAUUUUAGAAAAAUGAUUUAAUUAUUAUAUAAUUAGGGAUAUGACACUGUGAUAAAAUUAAUCAACAUAGAAAAUACUCGUUUUGUACAAGUACUUACAUUAUAUUUUUAAAGGACCUAGA